GACGCUGGGUUCGGCACUACUAAGACAACACAGUAAUAGCGAGAGAGAGAGAGAGAGAGAGAGAGGAGAUGGCAAGGUGGUUUAUCAUGGUGGUUCUUGCUCUAAUUGUAGUUCACACUACAGCUAGGUCUCCGCCCGGUGAUUCUGGACUCAACGACCAAAAGAACUUCAUUUCAUAUGGCGGGGUUGGCGGCUUUUCUGGACUUGGUAGUAAUGGACUCCCCUUCGGUGGAGUUGGUGGAGCUGCUGGGAUCGGCGGUGGGCUUGGUGGCGGAGCUGGGCUUGGUGGAGUUGGUGGACUAGGUGGAGUCGGUGGCGUGGGUGGCGUGGGUGGCGUUGGUGGCUUGGGUGGCGGUGUAGGUGGCUUGGGUGGUGUUGGUGGCUUGGGUGGUGUUGGCGGCGGAGCUGGUGCCGGAGUUGGCGGUGGCGUUGGUGGUGGGAGCGGUACUCUUCCAUUUCCUUGAAGUUAUGGCAUUUGCUCAGUUUAGCUUAUGAUGAUCUAGUUAGUGUUUGGCAGUUGAGUUCGUUAGUGUGUGACAUGCAUGUUUUGUAUUUCUUUUUCUUUUCUCCUUCAGCUCUUUCUCUGUAUUUCCUUACCGUUUCCUUCAGUAUUCGCAACCAAAAAUAAUAGUAAGAAAAAUGUCUCCAUGUGUCUUUGGGUA